AUGGCGGAGAAGAGCCCGCUUCGCCGGUGGAAGCGCUUCCUUCCGGCGUUCGGCGCCAUCGACGCCGCCAUUGAGGCCGCCACACACUGCUCCCGAGACAAUCACCGGCAAGUGAGGGGCGAUAUCGUGGAGAUACUCUGUGAUGUCACGGGCAACGAUAGCGUCGAGCGAGCGGAGUGGCUCUGCCAGCUGCUCGACGAGGCGAUGGUGGAGGCUCUCGAGACGCUGAGAGUGGUGGAGGCGACCCCGACCCUGCUGGCAACCACCAACGUCAUCGAGGCCGUCGGUGAUCUGUGGAGUCACGAGUCUGGGAGGGUGCGCGGCCUCGCAUGCAGCAUCAUCGACGGGUGGACGACAUCCAUCAAUGGUAAAAUCUCCAGAUGCAGAGCCAUCUUUGAGAAACUAUCGCAGAUAGAUCAAGAACAAGAGGCAGUAUGCGUUCCGGUCGACACUGAUCUUCCGGUUCAACGAGACAAGAAGCAAUGGUUGUGUGCCAAGAAGAAGAUGUCUCCCGUCGCCGUCGGCGUCGCCGUCGGUCGCAUCCGCAGCGAGCAGACAGGGGAUGCAAAGCGCAAGUUCCCUGGAGGCUACUACCGAGAAGAAGACGACCAGAAGCGGCGACGCAAUAACAAUGUCGUCAGGCAGGUGGUUGACCAGAGGCCCAGAAAGACGACUUCGAAGCGAUCGGAGAGGAAGCGAGCGAGCUACUGGAAAGGCGCUUCUUGGCUGCUUGAUGAUUGA